AUGGUUCUUGCUCCAAAAGCCUUACCUUCUCAGCUUUCUAUUGACUGUCAAGAGUAUAAAUACAACCUCGAUUAUUAUUUGGCCAACGAUGACCGAGUUCGAAAAGUAUUGCAUAUACAACAAGGAACUAUUAAAGAAUGGGAAAGAUGGAAUGUUAUUGAUGAUUAUGAAUAUAAUAUUAGGAUUGUUGUUCCUUAUCAUGUAAAUCUCGGUUUAAAAGGUUAUCGGUCUUUGGUAUAUAGUGAAGAUCAUGAUAUGAUGGUGCCCACGGAAGCAAGGAUCGAAUCUCUAAAUUAUUCCACUAUUGAUGAUUGGAGACCUUGGUUUAUUUUGGUGAUCAAAUACACAAUAACAUAUGCAAAUAGCAUGACAUUUGCAACCAUUAAAGGUGGAGGGCACACAAUAGAAUACAAGCCAGACGAAAGAAGUAUAAUGUUUUAUAGAUGGAUAACAGGAGAAGCUUUAUAA